AUGGCAGUGACAGAGUCAACUCGAGCCCAGGUAGUCGGGGCAUUGGCCUGUCAAAAGAACUCAUAUCUUCGCACGCUGGAAGCCGAGGUUAUCUCCUGUGAAAAAAGACCACCCCCGCCAGCAAAGAAGAAUGGCAAGGACAAAUCUGCGGGCUCUGUCGCCGAGAGCAGCGCUGACGUGUGGUUGAUCGAAUUCGCCGACUCUGUUCUCUUCCCCGAAGGCGGCGGACAACCGUCCGACCAUGGAUCAAUCACGCCUCUCUCCAGCGCAAGCGCAGCCGCCAUACCGAUACAGUUUGUCGAACGUGUCGGGCUACGAUGCGUGUACCACUCUCCCGAGCCCCUGGCUCCCGGGGAAACAGUCCGUCAGGAAGUCGACUUCCAGCGGCGAUGGGACCACAUGCAACAGCACACCGGCCAACAUCUCCUGUCCGCCGUCAUGAACACCCAUGAAAACCUCACUACUCUCGGCUGGGGUAUGGGAAAGAGCGGCGCAAUGAACUAUGUCGAUAUCCCGCGGAAACCUUCUGAUGCAGAAUUACAAUCUAUCCAGGACAGAUGUAAUGAAAUCAUCCGCUCUAGCCUGCCAGUCACCGUCGAGACCCCGGACGAUGCCAAGGUCCACAAGAUGCCCGAGGACUAUGAUCAGAGCAAAGGAGUCGUCCGUGUAAUCCGCAUCGGAGACAUUGAUCGCAACACAUGUUGCGGCACUCACCUCUCGCAGACAUCCCACAUUUCGCUCAUCCUCGUCCACCAUGGCGAGCCAGUCCACGGAAAGAACUACCGCCUCUACUUCUCCGUCGGCGAUCGAGCCAUCCACCUCGCGACAGCAUCCAUUGGCGCCAUGGGCACCCUCUCCAAGCUCUUGUCCUGCAAAAACACGUCCGACGAAGUAGUCCAGACUGUGAAGACUGUGCAGAGCUCCGCGGCAGACCUCAAAAAGAGGGAGAAGAAGCUACUCGCCGACAUUGCCGAGUUUGAAGCAGACGCCGCCAAGGUCAAGCUGCACUCUACAAAGAGUGUCUGGGUCCACCGAGCAGAUGGGAACGCGGACUUUGUGAAAUGGGUCACUGUCAACGUCAAGGACGCUGUGAUGGCUUGUGGUGGAGUUGUUGUGGUGGCUACGGGCGAUGAUGGUGGGAGUGGGCAGAUUGUUGUCCUCGGUGGAAAGGCGGCUGUUGAAGCGCUGGUUCUAAAGAUCAAAGAUGUUGUAACGGGAGUGAAGGGUGGCGGUGGUGGGGAGAAGUGGCAGGGAAAAGUCACAUCUUGGGAGAAGAACAAUUUAAAAGCCCUCGAGGAGCUGGUAGAGGGGUUUGACAUCUAA